GUCUCCAGAGAAUAACAGGUGGGAGAAGCCAAACCCCACAGUAUGACUCUAUUGUCUGACUCUACUGAUAGAGCUUUCUUGAAAUGGCAAGGCUAUAAACAUGGAGAACAGGAAAAUGGAAAUAUCAUCCCUUACUAGAAACAGUUGAAGUUGCCACAACCCGUGGUUGACAGAAAGACAAGACAGCAGGAUCAGCCUUGAGUGGAAUUUGACAGAAGAUGCUACAACAGUUUUAUCUCUGGAAAUGGUUAGCUUCAGGGAUUAUCCUCCCAGCCCUCUUCACAAUCUGCUUCAGCCAGUAUGAUGAUGACUGGCAAUAUGAGGAUUGCAAACUAGCUAGGGGAGGACCACCAGCCACCAUAGUUGCUAUCGAUGAAGAGAGUCGGAAUGGUACGAUUCUGGUGGAUAACAUGCUGAUCAAAGGGACUGCUGGAGGACCAGACCCCACCAUCGAACUUUCCCUAAAGGACAACGUGGAUUUCUGGGUGUUGCUGGACCCUGUUAAGCAAAUGCUCUUCCUGAACAGCACGGGCAGAGUUCUGGAUAGAGACCCCCCGAUGAACAUACACUCCAUCGUGGUGCAAGUCCAGUGCAUCAACAAGAAGGUGGGCACUGUGAUCUACCAUGAAGUUCGAAUCGUGGUGAGGGACAGGAAUGACAACUCACCCACGUUCAAACACGAGAACUACUAUGCCACCGUGAAUGAGCUCACUCCAGUUGGCACCACGAUAUUUACAGGAUUUUCAGGAGACAAUGGAGCUACAGACAUAGAUGAUGGACCAAAUGGACAGAUAGAAUAUGUUAUCCAAUAUAAUCCUAAUGAUCCGACAUCUAAUGACACCUUCGAAAUUCCCCUCAUGUUAACUGGAAAUGUGGUGUUAAGGAAGAGGCUCAACUAUGAAGAUAAGACUCGGUACUUUGUCAUCAUCCAAGCUAAUGACCGUGCACAAAAUCUGAAUGAGCGGCGAACCACCACCACCACCCUCACAGUGGACGUUCUGGACGGAGAUGACUUGGGUCCUGUGUUUCUUCCUUGUGUCCUGGUGCCAAACACACCUGAUUGUCGCCCGCUCACCUACCAAGCCGCCAUCCCUGAAUUGAGAACUCCGGAAGAACUGAACCCCAUCAUUGUUACCCCGCUCAUCCAAGCUGUUGACCAGGACCGGAAUAUUCAGCCGCCAUCGGAUAGGCCAGGCAUCCUCUACUCCAUCCUUGUUGGGACUCCUGAGGAUUACCCACGAUUUUUCCAUAUGCAUCCUAGAACUGCAGAACUUAGUCUCCUGGAGCCAGUAAACAGAGACUUUCACCAGAAAUUUGAUUUGGUUAUUAAGGCUGAACAGGACAAUGGCCAUCCCCUUCCUGCCUUCGCCAGUCUCCAUAUUGAAAUCCUGGAUGAAAACAAUCAGAGUCCGUAUUUCACGAUGCCCAGUUACCAAGGCUAUAUCCUGGAAUCCGCCCCAGUGGGAGCAACCAUCUCUGACAGUCUGAAUUUGACCUCCCCUCUGAGGAUUGUGGCUCUGGACAAGGAUAUAGAAGAUACGAAGGACGCAGAGCUUCACCUUUUCCUGAAUGAUUACACCUCAGUCUUCACUGUUACACAAACUGGCAUUACUCGCUACCUCACCUUACUUCAGCCGGUGGACAGGGAAGAACAGCAGACUUACACUUUUUCGAUAACGGCAUUCGAUGGUGUGCAAGAGAGCGAGCCAGUUAUUGUCAAUAUUCGGGUGAUGGAUGCAAAUGAUAACACUCCGACCUUCCCUGAAAUAUCCUACAAUGUCUAUGUGUAUACAGACAUGAGCCCCGGCGACAGUGUCAUUCAGCUCACAGCCGUGGAUGCAGACGAAGGGUCCAACGGGGAGAUCACGUACGAAAUCCUGGCUGGGGCUCAGGGCGACUUUGUCAUCAACCACACCACGGGGCUCAUCACCAUCGCCCCGGGGGUGGCACUGACGGUGGGGCGCACCUUCGCGCUCACGGUCCAGGCCGCGGAUAAUGCGCCUCCCGCGGAGAGAAGGUACUCCAUCUGCACGGUGUACAUCGAAGUGCUUCCUCCAAAUAAUCAAAGCCCUCCCCGCUUCCCACAGUUGAUGUACAGCCUCGAAAUCAGUGAAGCCAUGAGGAUUGGUGCUGUUUUACUAAAUCUACAGGCAACUGAUCGAGAGGGAGACCCAAUAUCAUACACCAUUGAGAACGGAGAUCCUCAACGAGUUUUUAAUCUUUCGGAGACUACUGGGAUUCUAACCUUAGGGAAAGCCCUGGACAGGGAGAGCACUGAUCACUACAUUCUGAUCGUCACUGCUUCGGACGGCAGGCCAGAUGGGACCUCUACUGCUACUGUAAAUGUGGUGGUGACAGAUGUCAAUGACAACGCGCCAGUUUUCGACCCCUUUCUGCCUAGAAACCUGUCUGUGGUGGAGGAAGAAGCCAAUGCCUUUGUGGGUCAAGUACGGGCAGCAGACCCUGAUGCUGGAAUAAAUGGCCAAGUGCACUACAGUUUGGGCAACUUCAAUAAUCUCUUCCGCAUCACAUCCAAUGGGAGCAUUUACACAGCCGUGAAGCUUAACAGAGAGGUCAGGGACUACUACGAGCUUGUUGUUGUGGCCACGGAUGGAGCGGUGCAUCCCCGUCACUCAAUGCUCACACUGGCCAUCAAAGUUUUGGAUAUAGACGAUAACAGUCCUGUGUUCACCAAUUCAACGUACACUGUGGUUGUGGAGGAGAACCUGCCGGCUGGGACCACCUUCCUCCAGAUAGAGGCCAAAGAUGUUGACCUUGGAUCAAAUGUGUCUUAUCGGAUCCGAAGCCCAGAAGUAAAGCACUUUUUUGCACUACAUCCAUUUACAGGAGAACUUUCCCUUUUAAGGAGCUUGGACUAUGAGUCAUUUCCGGAGCAGGAAGCAAGCAUCACGUUUCUCGUGGAGGCCUUCGAUAUUUAUGGAACGAUGCCCCCAGGCAUUGCUACGGUCACAGUGGUAGUAAAGGAUAUGAAUGAUUAUCCGCCCGUAUUUAGUAAACGGAUCUACAAGGGAAUGGUGGCUCCGGAUGCCGUGAAGGGCACACCCAUCACAACCGUUUAUGCCGAAGAUGCAGACCCCCCUGGAUUACCUGCAAGUCGUGUGAGGUACAGAGUAGAUGAUGUCCAGUUUCCUUAUCCUGCCAGUAUUUUCGACGUAGAAGAAGAUUCUGGAAGAGUAAUAACUCGAGUCAAUCUUAACGAAGAGCCUACAACAAUUUUUAAGCUGGUGGUUGUUGCUUUUGAUGAUGGUGAGCCUGUGAUGUCCAGCAGCGCCACAGUGAAAAUUCUUGUCUUACAUCCUGGAGAAAUCCCACGCUUCACGCAAGAGGAAUAUAGACCUCCUCCAGUGAGUGAACUUGCCACCAGAGGGACUAUGGUUGGAGUGAUUUCUGCAGCAGCCAUCAACCAGAGUAUUGUGUACUCCAUAGUUUCAGGAAACGAAGAAGAUAUGUUUGGAAUUAACAACAUCACAGGUGUUAUCUAUGUGAAUGCCCCCCUGGAUUUUGAGACCAGGACAAGCUAUGUACUUCGCGUCCAGGCCGAUUCCUUGGAAGUGGUCCUCGCCAAUCUCCGAGUCCCUUCAAAAAGCAAUACGGCUAAAGUGUAUAUUGAGAUUCAGGAUGAAAAUGAUCAUCCCCCAGUGUUUCAGAAAAAAUUCUACAUUGGAGGUGUAUCUGAAGAUGCAAGGAUGUUUACUUCUGUGCUCAGAGUUAAGGCUACUGACAAAGAUACUGGCAAUUACAGCGCCAUGGCUUACCGACUCAUCAUUCCACCCAUUAAAGAGGGAAAAGAAGGAUUUGUGGUGGAAACGUAUACGGGCCUCAUCAAAACCGCUAUGCUCUUCCACAACAUGAGAAGGUCCUACUUCAAGUUCCAAGUCAUCGCAACUGACAACUAUGGGCAGGGACUGAGUGGCAAAGCGGAUGUCCUGGUUUCCGUGGUCAAUCAGCUGGACAUGCAGGUCAUUGUUUCCAACGUGCCCCCGACUCUGGUGGAAAAGAAGAUAGAAGAUCUCACAGAGAUUUUGGAUCGCUAUGUUCAGGAGCAAAUUCCCGGUGCCAAGGUGGUGGUGGAGUCCAUUGGUGCUCGCAGGCAUGGGGAUGCCUUUUCUCUAGAAGAUUAUACCAAAUGUGACCUGACUGUCUACGCAAUCGACCCCCAGACCAACCGAGCCAUCGACAGAAAUGAGCUUUUUAAAUUUCUGGAUGGCAAACUGCUUGAUAUCAAUAAAGACUUCCAGCCGCAUUACGGGGAAGGAGGACGCAUUUUGGAGAUCCGCACUCCGGAGGCAGUGACCAGCAUUAAAAAGCGAGGGGAAAGUCUGGGCUACACCGAGGGGGCCUUGCUGGCGCUCGCCUUCAUCAUCAUCCUCUGCUGCAUUCCUGCCAUUUUGGUGGUUCUGGUCAGCUACAGACAGUUUAAAGUCCGCCAAGCUGAGUGCACCAAGACGGCUCGAAUCCAGUCGGCCUUACCUGCCGCCAAGCCCGCGGCGCCCGCACCAGCACCCGUGGCCGCCCCCCCGCCGCCCCCGCCUCCCCCCGGGGCGCACCUGUACGAGGAGCUGGGGGACAGCACCAUGCAUAAGUAUGAGAUGCCUCAAUAUGGAAGCCGUCGCCGUCUGUUACCACCGGCUGGACCAGAGGAGUAUGGUGAGGUAGUUGGUGAAGCCGAGGAGGAGUAUGAGGAGGAAGAGGAAGAGACAAAGAAAAUUAGAAAACCAAAAGUCCAAGUUAGAGAGCCUAGUGAGGAGGAAGAAGUAGUGGUCACCAUUGAGAAGCCACCGCCAGCCGUGCCCACGUACACAACGUGGAAGAGAGCCAGGAUCUUCCCGAUGAUUUUCAAGAAAGUUAGAGGGCUUGCUGACCGAAGGGGCCUCACCGAACUUGAGGGGGAAGAAUGGCAGAGACGCCUUGAGGAGGCUGAUAAAGAUUAUCUGAAACUCACUCUGGACCAAGAUGAAGCCACAGAAAGCACAGUGGAGUCAGAGGAGGAGUCGUCCAGUGACUACACUGAGUACAGCGAGGAAGAAUCCGAGUUCAGCGAGUCAGAGACCACUGAAGAAGAGUCAGAGACGCCUUCUGAGCAGGAAGAGAGCUCGACUCCUGAGUCUUCAGAAGAGUCAGAGUCCGCAGAGUCAGAAGAGGAGAAGGUCCGGAAAAACAUCUUUCUGGCCCGAAGGCGGCCCGUUGGUCAAGAGGUCAAGGAGGUCAAAGGGAGAAAAGAGGAGCCCCCUGAGGAGCUGGAGGAAGAGCCCAGGGUGGAGGAAGCAGGAGAGGAGAGCGAGCUGGGCCCUGAGGAGGAGCCCGCAGGCCUUGAGGUCCCCGAAGAGGAGGAGGAAGGCAGUGUGGAGUCAGCAUCGGUGGGGGCAGGUGGGGACAGUGAGGAGGACUCUGAGCCGGGCCAAAGUGUCAGCAGCAGCGAGAGCCAGUCCGGAGGGCCGUGGGGCUUCCAGGUGCCCGAGCAGGCGACCAGCAAGAAAGCACCCCGGGAGCAGCCCCCGGGAUCCGGCUCCGAGGGCGACAACACAGCACUCUGAGCCAGGGCCCAGGAGGUGGGAGUUUGCUGUGGCGAGUGCUCUUGUGUGCCGUGCUUUCUGUGUGCCUUCUGCAAUGACAAGCCAAGGGAGGAACAUGAUCGUGACCUCUAGCUGACCUAGGAUUAGAGGCAUGCCCGAAAAGGGAACAUACAAGCGCUACAAGUAGACUUGUACAUCAGAGUGCACUAGGGUCAGACGGACUCAUCUUCCUCUAUUAGCCAUUCCCAAGAUAAACCAUGCAUCAAUAGUUACUAUCUCCUAGUGGAGUUUCUGUGAAUCCACUAUGGCAUUAUGCAUUACCAGUGAGGCCCUGCCCGGUGGAAUGGAUUUUAGGACUACAUGGGGCUGUUUUUAUUUCAUCCGUAGACAAUAAAUCCUUGGGAUAAAACCGGCAACAAUUUUGCCUAUAUAUACAUUUCAACUGGCAAAAGGAUUAUAAAAAAUAUCACGAACAUGUUCAAAUGGGUUUGUAUUAGGAGAUAAUUCAUUUCAGUUAAGUUUUUACCAUUUCUUUUCCAUUGUGGCUAUGAGUUAAAGUGGAUUUAGAAAAAAAAUUGAAUUUUUACAAAACUUCUUUCUGGGUAAGUAAACGUAGUAAAUUUGAGAUAUAUAUCUGGAAAUCAAAAGCAUGGCUUAGUCCAACACAUUGGUAGUUCACAUAUUCUAAAAAUGUGAUACUAUUUUGAGAGUAACCUAGUAUUAGUUAAC